AUGGCAAAGUACAACAUCAGCCGGAUUGAAAUCCUUGAGCGCCUUCGUGGCCAAAUCAAAGCAAAAAAGCUCAUUGUAGGAGCUGGAGCAGGAAUCGGCCUCUCUGCUAAAGGUAUUGAGGCAGGAGGAGGCGACCUCAUUGUCAUCUAUAACAGCGGUCGUUUUCGUAUGGCUGGCUGUGGUAGUCUGGCAGGGCUUAUGCCGUACAGCAACGCCAACGACACUGUGGUUGAAAUGGCAGGGGAGGUGCUCUCAGCUGUUAACCACACCCCGGUCAUAGCUGGCGUGUGCGGGACUGAUCCAUUCUUGAACACGACACACUUCCUGGGCCAGUUGAAAAAGAUUGGUUUUGCCGGUGUUCAAAACUUCCCAACAGUUGGACUUGUGGACGGUACGUUCAGAGAAAACCUGGAAGAGACGGGAAUGGGAUACGACAAGGAAGUGGCUUUAAUUUCAGAGGCAUCAAAGAUGGGGCUUCUUACCACUCCAUAUGUCUUCAAUGCGGCAGAUGCCGUUGCAAUGACCGAAGCAGGAGCCGACGUCUUGGUUGCGCACAUGGGGCUGACCACUUCUGGAAGCAUCGGUGCCAAGACUGCUAAGACUCUGGAUAUGUGUGUAGAGGAGGUGCAAGCCAUUCGCGAUGCCGCAAUUGUCAGCCGGCCGGAGAUUAUCGUUCUAUGCCAUGGAGGCCCGAUUGCAACUCCAGAAGAUACCCGUUAUAUACUCGAACGAGUAACGGGGGUGCAUGGAUUCUACGGGGCUAGUUCCAUCGAAAGACUGCCCGUCGAAAUCGCGAUCAAGGAAGCCACAGAGCAGUUCAAGGCACUUUAA